UCAGGGGAUUCGGAGCAGAGCGAGCAGAAAGUGCUUGAGAGAGACACAGAGAUGCUGCGUGAUUAACAGACUCAAACCCAUCCGGACAGUAGCUAGAACAGAUAGCGCAGAAGAUGUGUGUUUUGGGUUUUGGGGCUUUUGCGCUGGUGCUGUGCUGUCUUCCGUUGCUUUGCAGCACCUGUCCUGCUCAAUGCAGCUGCUUCUACCACAAACUGAGCGACGGCUCGAAGUCAAGGAGCGUCCUGUGUAACGACCCCGACCUCGCCGUCAUCCCAAACAACUUUCCCUCGUACACCUCCAAACUCCGCAUCGAGAAAACCACCAUCAGCCGCGUUGCCAGCGAAUCCUUUCAUUACCUCAGCAGCCUGGAGUACCUCUGGAUAUCCUUCAACUCGCUCUCCUCCCUCAGCGCAGACAGUUUCCGAGGACUUUACGCCUUGGACGAAUUACGGAUGGAUGGGAAUGUUCUCACUUCCUUUCCUUGGGAAUGUUUGAUGGACAUGCCUAACCUUCGGCUCCUGGAUUUGAACAAUAAUAAAAUCAGCAGCAUCCCAGGUGAAGCAACCAUUUACAUCAAAAACUUGACCUACCUGGAUCUGUCCAGCAACAGUCUGGCCACCGUUCCAGCGGAGGUUCUUACUUCAUGGUUCUCUCCGAAACCUCCUCAGGAUGCAGAGAAUUCCAAAAUGAUAUUUGGUCUCCACGACAAUCCCUGGCAGUGUGACUGUCGUCUCUUUGAUUUGGUGCAGUUCCAGAAGUUCCCUUCCUCCUCUGUGGCGUUCAUCGAUACGCGUCUGCGCUGUGCCGAACCGGAGAGCCUGUCGGGAGUCCUGUUCUCUGAUGCUGAGCUCCGCAAGUGUCAGGUUCCCCGCGUGCACACGGCCGUCGCGAGGGUCCGCAGCUCCAUCGGAAACAACGUCCUGCUGCGCUGCGGGACCAUCGGCGUUCCCAUCCCCGAGCUGUCCUGGACCCGAGCCGACCGCAAGCCCAUGAACGGCACCGUUCAACAGGAAAUCUCUAAAGAGGGCAUCAUCUGGUCCAUUCUCAGCGUUCCUGCUGUUUCUUACAGAGAUUCAGGGAAAUAUGUUUGCAGAGCCACUAACUUUGUCGGGAGUGCCGAUGCCAUUAUCUCACUUGUCAUUUCUGAUAUGUGGCAAAUCGACGAAGCGGUCGCCAAGAGAAGUCACGGAAAGAAGAACGCUGGAUUCGGCCGAGCGGCGUAUCAAGAGAAACUCAUCGCCAGAUACGUGCCGCCGGCCACAUCAGCUGCUGUGCCCAUCAUUGAGCCCCUAAACGGACCCAAAGCCACGGCGUCCAUCCAGAUCGAAAGCUACAGCAUUUCUGAUGGUGUUUCCAAAGUGAAGGCCACAGCGGCACCUGCAGCGGCCGUAGGAACGGACAGCGGCAUGGCGGAGCUUCAGAAAGAUGUCUUGAGUAACCUGGAGGCUAAUGCGUCUUCUCUGCAGCAGGGUCCGGAGCGCAGAGUGGUUCGGUCGGUCAAAGUGAUCGGUGACACGGACCACACGGUCUCGUUGAACUGGCACGCACCCACCGCCACCAACACCACGUCCUUCAGCGUUCUGUACGCCGUCUUCGGGGAGCGGGACAUGCGUCGGAUUAAUGUUGCCCCGGGCAAGAAUCGCAUCACGAUCGAAGGCCUCGUGCCCAAAACCAAGUACAUAGCCUGUGUGUGCGUGAAGGGCCUCGUCCCCAAGAAAGAGCAGUGUGUGAUUUUCUCCACGGACGAGGCGGCCAGCGCCAGCGGCACACAGAAGCUCAUUAACGUGGUGGUGAUCACGGUCGCCUGCGUGAUCGCGGUUCCUCUGACCCUCAUCGUCUGCUGCGGGGCACUAAAGAGGAGGCUGCAGAAGCUGAUGGGCCGGAAGUCCAAAGACAUUCAAGACUCGUACGUGACGUUUGAGACUCUGUCUCCAGGCACCAAAACCAAAGGGCUGGAGGGGGAAUAUCUCAGCCAACUCAACCCAGACGAGUCCAACCGGCUGCUGUCGGCCCGCUCUAGUGUGGACUCUGAGGCCACGGCCAGAACCGAGGGCCAGCCCAACGAGUACUUCUGCUGACUGACCGGCGGCAGGCUCGCCCUGUUUGAGACCACUCUUUUUCUUUAAAUGUAUUUGAAAGCUUAAAUACAUAUCAGCUUGGUCCUUUCUCAGCCAUAAAAGGGUAGAAACCACCUUAAAGAAAGUUCAGUGUUCAAAAAGGGAAAAUUCUCACACAAGACUGAAAUAAUGUCUGUAUUUUUUAUUUUUGUCAUGCACUUUUCCAAUGAUAUGUUUAUAAUUGAUUCAUUCAUCAUGCAUAUACUGCAAUGAAAUGUCUGUGUCCAACACAUAAUAUCCAUCUGUCUAAUACAGAAAGUGAAAUGUUAAGAUUUUCUCUUUGGACAGUCAGGAUGUUACAAAAAAAGAGGUUAGUGAUGUACAUGCUUAAUUUUUCCUUUUUACUUGUUUUUCUUUAUACUGUUAUCUUGUCACAGUGUACUGGGGCAACUGUUCUGUUCUCCAUUUUAACCUUAAAAAUGUGCUUAUAAUUGCAAUAUCAG